AUGGCCCCCAACUCGGUGGAUGACUCCUAUGGCCACUGUGGUAACAACAUGCUACAAAAAGCAGAAAUUGGAAGAGAAUUUCGAUUUGGUGCUUUUACUUCCAGCUCCACUAGCAAAACUGUGGCUCAGGCAUUUGGGAAUAAAACAUGUUUUAUAAUCAGGACAUGUUUUGGAGCCAAUAUUACACCCUAUUCAGCAUUUAAAAAUGAAGCUGAGGUACUAAUUCCACCCUACGAGAAGUUUAAAGUUACCAAAGUGUCCAGUGCAAACGAAAUAGGAAGCAUGUUCUGUGAUGUCACUUAUACGGUGAAGAGUUCCGGAUUUCAGACUCAGGAACGGUGA